AUGCAAAUUUAAACAAUAGGAAAAAUAGGCUUGGCCACAGUUACUUCAUUCUAUAUUUAUUAUUUAGUAUGGGUCUUGAUAACACCUUUUAUUGAUGCAAACCAUAAAGUUUAGAGCUACUUUCCUCAUAGAGACUACGCUUAUAUGAUUCCAACUGUUUUAAUUAUUUUUAUUGUUUCUAUUUUCUUUACUUUUAUUGGACUGGUGCUAAUAACUCCUUCUAAAAAGCAAAUAACAGCCCCUUAGAACGUUAAAGUUAAAAAUUCAGAAUGA